AUGUAUUUGGUGAGUACAUCUGUUUUUACUCCCCUAUCCAUCCCUGUCCAGUGUGGAUGGUCUUGGUCCUGCUGAGUGGUUGCUGGUUGAACUCCAGGGGGAGAUGGUGUCCAGGCAGAACUCUGGACUGGCUGGGAACCUGAUGGGAGAUCUGCUCUACACCAAAGAGGUACAGGACAACAUGGCACUAUAAUGUGAAACCCCUUGAAACCCCACCUCUUUAAGGAAUAUCUGGGAUAGGAUAAAGUAAUCCUUCUACCCCCCCUUACCCCACCCCAAAAAAAAAAACAUUUUGUAAAGUGGUUAUCCCACUGGCUAUAAGGUGAAUGCACCAAUUUGUAAGUCGCUCUGGAUAAGAGCGUCUGCUAAAUGACGUAAAUGUAAAUGUAAUGUAGUGCUAGUACACUCUUCUCUUACCUCUUUCCACUCAGAGAUGUUGUUUCUUGUCUUUACUGUACUCACCUGUGUCCCCUCCCCAGGGUGUACCUGUGCUAAUUGUGGGACACCACAUCCUCUAUGGUAAGGUGGUCAAACUGGAGAAGCCCUUUGCUGUCCUGAUGAAACACUCUGGCCUCCCGCAGGGGGAGGAGGUUCCCAUGGAAACCAACCAGCAGAACCCUACCACCUACUCUGUUUCCGCCCUCAUCAAGAAGAAGCUCAUCUUCAAGACUCGCCCAAAGCCCAUCAUCACUAAUGUGCCCAAGAAAGUGUAGUGAAGUGCUUGGUCGUAUGCAUUAGGGCUCACUGUCGCAAAACACUUUUAACUGAAAAAAUUUGACAAGUUCAGGUAGUCCCUGUUUCAGUCUGUUUUCUUCCAUUUUGUGCCUAAUGACCUUGACCCUGGUCACCUCUGUGGGAGCAAAGGACAUGCUGCACUCUUAAUGACUCCAGGCCAACAAGUAUGGAGCACACAGUGCAAUACUAUACUUGGGACACACUCCUCUGGCUUGAGGUUAUGGGACAUCUGGAACUAG